AUGGCGGGCCAACUUUCUGACGAUCAACUGAGAAGCAAGCUUAUUUCUCUUGGAGUAGAAAUCGGUCCAAUAGUCCCGACCACAAGAAAGCUUUAUGAGCGAAAGUUAUCAAAACUCCUUAAUGCCGAGUCAACCCGUGCUAAAGCGCCUCAUCCUCAACCCAACCUUCAUCGCCCAAAAGCACCUCCUCUCUCUGACAUUAAACCUUCCGAAUCAAAACAGCCAGAACAUAGUAUCGCAGCUAGUGAGCGUCCUUUAGCAGACAGAAGCACCCAUGCUAGUGUUUCAGUUAUUCCAGAUUCCCAAAAUAACACUAUGAACGACGAUGAACUUAUUUCUUUGGCUAAGGAUAUGAGUCAGUUUUCUAUACUUGUUUUGAUGAAUCGAAUAAUUAUCCGAAUCGAUUGUUUUAAAGCUUAA